AUGAUCAACUUACGCGGGUUAUUGUUGAUUCUUCAUCUGUUCGUUUUUUCGAAAAGUUUUCUGCUGCGAAGUCCAGAAAGAAAACCCAGUCAACGAAUCGAAGGUCAUGUCGGCGAACCCCUCAUCUUAACUCCAUAUGUAGAAAAUGGAAACAUCACGGCAGGCCGCGAGCUAUCACGAGUUCAUUUCACGGAAUACCUCAACAUAACGAGUUAUUCUGGAUUUUUCACUGUCAACAAGGCUUACGAUUCUAAUCAGUUCUUCUGGUAUUUUCCGGCUAUCGAUGGUAAUAAAACUGCACCUUUACUGGUGUGGCUGCAAGGAGGUCCCGGUGCAUCAUCACUCUUCGGGCUCUUCGAGGAAAAUGGACCUAUUCGAAUGGAAGAAAUUGGUGCUUAUUUCGAUAGGAGGCAGUGCACUUGGGCGGCAAAUCAUCAUGUCCUCUACAUAGAUAACCCCGUCGGGACUGGAUUCAGUUUCACAAAUAACGGCUACUGCACUAACCAAACGCAAGUCGGAGAAGAACUCUAUUCAUUCGUGACACAAUUCUUGAAACUUUUCUCAGAACUGCAGAAGAACGAAUUCUUUAUUACUGGGGAAUCGUAUGGGGGUAAAUAUGUUCCCGCUUUGGCUUACAAAAUACAUAAAAUGAAUCCCACAGCUGAGAUAAAAGUCAAUUUAAAGGGGAUAGCUAUCGGCAAUGGCUUCAGUGAUCCAGAGCACCAACUCGUUUAUAGCAAAUAUUUGUACCAAAUAGGUCUACUUGACUGGAAUCAGGCCGAAACUGUUGCAAAAUAUGAGAACAAAACUAUAAAACACAUUCAGAAAAAGCAAUGGAAAGAAGCCAGUGAAAUGUUCGGGGAUUUGGUAGCUUCGUAUGCAAAUUUUUCAGGAUUAAAUAUGGUUUAUAAUUAUUUGCAUACCAAGCCAUACUACGAUUCUGAUUGGCCAUAUCUACGAGUUGCCAUUGUACGUAAAGCGAUCCAUGUCGGAAAGGUGCCUUUCAAUAGUUUAUCGAAAGACGUCUAUCAACAUUUAUUUGAAGAUAUGCCAAAAUCUGUAGCACCUUGGAUUUCUGAGCUCUUAGAUCAUUAUAGAGUUUUAACUUACAACGGCCAGCUGGAUACUGUUGUUGCCUAUCCAUUGACUGUUAAUUUCCUUAGGAACUUAAAUUUUACUGCUUCCAAGGAAUACAAGACAGCAGAGCGACAUCAAUGGUACGUGAACGGUACGUUGGCUGGGUAUGUGAAGCAAGCAGGGAAUCUGAUUGAAGUUAUGGUAAGGAAUGCGGGACAUAUGGUGCCAAUGGACCAGCCUGAAUGGAGUUUAGACAUGAUAACAAGGUUCACUCAUAAUACAUCGUUCUAUAAUAAUUCUUAG